AUGGAGGCGCAGAAUGAGACGUACACAGACGAAUGUCAUUAUGAUGAUUAUUAUGGCCCAGAAGACUGCACUAAAUAUUAUCCUGAUGAUAACGAAACAGAAUAUAUCUGUAAAGUGAAUCUCAACCGUGAUAUGGAGAUAGUCAUUCAGACCUACGUCCAUUCCUUCAUCUGCGUAUUCGGUCUCUGUGGCAAUGCGUUGGUGAUUGUCACAUAUGCCUUCUACAAUAUGCCUUCUACAAGAACCAUGACGGACGUGUACCUUCUGAACGUGGCGGUGGCAGAUCUGCUGUUCAUACUGGCCCUGCCGCUCAUCAUCUACAACGAGCAGCAUGACUGGAGCAUGGGCUCAGCGGUCUGCAAGGUACGGGUUUGGACAGUUCCUGAUGCAGUUCCUAAUAAAGCUCCUGAUAUUUCAAUGUCAUUCAUGUUACAGUGAAGUCAGAUGCAGAUUUCCUCAUUGCAUGGAAUUAUAAGAAUGUGUUCUUCAUUUUCUAAGGCCCUACGAGGAGCCUACAGCAUCAACCUGUACAGUGGCAUGCUUCUGCUGGCAUGCAUCAGUGGAGACCGCUACAUCUCCAUCGUCCAGGCCAGGCGCUCUUUCGGCCUCCGCUCCCGGACCCUGAUCUACAGCCGCCUCAUCUGCACAGCCAUCUGGGCUCUGGCCGUAGCCCUGUCCAUCCCCACAGUCAUCUAUAACGAGCAGGUUGAGGUGACCAACAGACUGGUAGAGACUAUAGCUGUGUGCCAGGCGCAGUUUGAAAGUAACGAAACCGCCCGGCUGAUGAAGGUGUGGGGUUCUUCCUGCCCCUCCUGGUCAUGGUCCUCUGCUAUGCCAGCAUCGUCUGGACCCUGCUGA